AAAUUCUUAUUGUAGUCAGCCACCCUCGUCUAAAACAAGGAGCCAUUUUCCAGAAAACAAGCGUAAACAUUUCAACUUCUCAGUCAUUAAAAUAAAACCCACAAUUUUGAUUCGAUUUCUCAAAUUCCAAGAAAAACCUCAGCAGAAGAGAGGAGAGAGAAAUAAAAUGGUGACACUGGUGGUAUCGACGACGAUUGAUCCGGCAUCAAUAGGCCCAGCUUCUGUGCUUCUUGCUAUGCCCGGUUGGUCUCCGGGCCCUUCCUUCGAGGGAGUGAGAAGUUAUAGGAAUGGAGAAGUGAGAAUGUUGCAGCAUGAUGAAAGUAUAGUGAAAGAAGACAAUCUCGACACUCGUUGGGAGGAAUUAAUAGAGGAAAGCGUCGAUAAUGUCAUUUUUUUGAGUAAACAUACUGCUGUCACUAACCGCCCUGCUCUCACCAUCCACCCUAUUGGAGUUCCACAUUUGAAAGAAGGGGAUGUGCCACCACAAGGUGGGAAGCCAGGAUGGGCUGCACCUCCUGAUCCUAGAAUGGGACCUUGGAUUCGACUCUUAAAGAAAAUUGCUGAAUCACAGAAUCUUAUUCCUGAAUAUGAGAUUACUAUGGAGGCUACUCAUCAUGGGCCUGUGACAAGUAAGCCUACUAUGUUUCUCGAAAUCGGCAGCACUUUGGAGUACUGGAAGAGAGAAGAUGCUGCUCAAGCUAUGGCUCUAUUGGUUUGGGAAGGGCUUGGACUUGGAGGAGCUGCUGCUGUUGGUGAAUGGGACAGGAAUUCUGCCGAAAAGAAAGUUCUACUUGGGGUAGGAGGUGGUCAUUAUGUACCUCGUCAUAUGGACAUAAUUAUGAAAGAAAAUGUGUGGGUGGGCCAUCUGCUCUCAGGAUAUUCCUUGCCAAUGGAUGACCCAGGCCAGUCAAAAGUAGAAGAUGCUAAAGAUAUUGGUGGUACUUGGAAGGAUGCUAUCAGAGCUGCAUUUGAGGCUACUAAAACAGCUUUUCCUGGAGGGGAAGUUCUGGCUCAUCUUGAUCACAAGAUUGUUAUUCCGCAUUUGCACCAUGGAAAUUGGUAAAGCUUGACGGUUUCCUCUUUCCUGGAGUUUUAAGGGUUGGCAAAAGAAGGCUAUCACCGCAUUUCUUGAGGAGCAGCAUAUAAAAAUUGGCAAACCAAAUGACUUCAAAUAAUAAGGUGGUCAACCGGCCUCAUACUUGCAGGCUUGUGGGCAGUACAACCAAUAAUGCAUCAUCUUUACUGUUGAAGCAUGGUACGAUGCUUUUACUUGUACAUGGUAGAUGUGCUCCAUGAAUGCUGUAAGAAAUUAUGGUGUAUAUGUUUCUCCCGCAUUUACUUUGUUGGGAAUGGAGGUGAAUAUCAUACAUUCCCGCUCCUUCUGUUUCUUUUUAAUAGUUCCACUUUACUUUUUCACGCUUGUCAAUGUAAAUGUUUGAACUUUAGUAUCUCUAAAUUUGUAUUUGCAAAACUUAUGAAAAAUUGAUAUUCUAAGGCCCUGUCCUUUUGGACUUAUUUUUAGUCCAUUUCAGUUCA